GACAUCUACACUGAUCAUCAGGACACUGAUGAUCAGUGUCCUGAUGAUCAGUGUAACUCAAUCAGUGCCAUCUAUCAGUGCCCAUCAUUGCCACAUACCAUUGCCCAUCAGUGCACAUCAAUGCCACAUAUCAGUGCCUACCAGGGCACAUCAAUGCCACAUAUCAGUGCCUACCAGUGCACAUCAAUGCCACAUAUCAGUGCCCAUCAGAGCUGCCUUUCAGUGCCAACUAUCAGUGUCACUCAGUGCCACCUAUCAGUGCCAUCAAUGCCACCUAUCAGUGCCCAUCAGUGCUGCCUAU